CGACAUAUCGACAGAACUGGCUUCUUGUUCCUCGUUUCACAAAAAAAAAAAAAAAAAAAAAAAGGCCUUCCUGUUCCUCGCUCCGACCGAAGACAAGAAUUCAACUGGCAAUGGCGUCGAGCAGCAGAGAAGCGAGGAGGCGGAAGAUUUUAGAAAGAGGAUCCGAUCGCUUGGCCUUUAUCACUGGUCAGAUCAACGACGUUCCUCCUCCUCCUCCUCCUCCGCCUUCUUCCGAUCCCACUUCUCUUUCUGAAUCUCAUCUCCCUACAGACGACACGGUUCCGCCUCGUGAUCAGAUACGUACUGAUCGAGAAACAGCUUUCACAAGCCAUCAGGAAAACACCUCCGAUGCUUUGUUUGAUAACGUGAAUCAUAUCAUCCAUCAAAGAAGAGCAGAAUCGCUUCAGCCUCACAAGUACACCGAGACAUCGGCAGAAGCCUCAGCUUCAACAACACUACAACAACCGUCUCCUGCAACAUCAACCACUCAAACCCCACCAGUGGUAGAUUUGGGUGCUUCUCAAGCAUUUACUCCUCUGGUCAGUUUCGCUAACACCAUCACUCCAAAUCACAUUGGAGCCGCCAUCGAUGCGUCAGAAUACGCACGGAUGUUCUCAUCUCUCGUGAUCGCCCUUCUUGUCAUACUCUCUCACCUCGGGUUCUCUUCCUUAGGCAGCAGCAUAGUAAGCUUCAGACCCGUUUUCUUGCUUCUCUUAACCGACGCCACAAUCGUUCUUGGACGUGUUCUGCUGAGCCAUUGUGGAGAGCCUUCCUCAGCCUCAAGACGAGAAAACUCGGGACAAGGCAUAGCGGACCAAGUGGGCAACGCACUGGAGACAGUCAUGAUGAUAAAGAAGAUAAUGGAUGCAAUCUCUAUGGAUUUUAGCUUAUACGCUGUGAUUCUCAUAUGUGGCUAUAUUGUUCACACAAAACAUCUUUGCUUAAGUUAUCGUUUCUUUGUUCUCCCCACGUAGGUUUGUGAUCUGUAUACACUUUUGACACAUUACUAAUAAGCCACGUUCUCAAACA